CCCACGUAUGCGGACCGUCGUAUUAUUACAGCUUGCAUUAUUGGAUUGGGUCCAGGAUUCCUGUCGAAUCAACGGUAUGCCUGGUUUAUUGAACCUUCCAUCUGGCGGUUUGGACGGGGCUAGUCUGGGCGGGUUCGACUCCGUUCGAGGCCACACUGGAGCUCGCUCCCCCCCAAGACCAGCUCUCUCGUCGUAUCACCACAACAGCCACCAUCAAGAGACAAUUUGGAGCCAUCAAGGCACUAACGGGGUAUCUAGGGUGUUGCCACUGUCAUGAGAGAGAGCACAGAUGAUGUCGAAGGGGGAAAAGGGAAACUUUUGACCCGCCAGGCAUUCAAUUGAUCCGGAGGAGACGCAGGGGUAGGAGGAAGUACGGAGUAAGAGCGUUGGUAUCGCUCGGGCCCGGAAGGUGGUGCAUUCCCACUAGG